AUGAUAUUGGUGGGCAAUGGUAUAGGCACUAUUUGUCAGUUUCCACCUGCAACCUAUAAACUUGAAGAUGACAAAGAAGAAUUAACACAAUGUAUAAAGGAAAUAAAGUGCAGGUUGGAAAAUAUGGGAACUAUGCUUGCUGAUAGCAAUGAAGCCAUGCGUUGCAAGUAUAUUUCAACCAUCCUUUACGCCUCGCUAUAUAUCGUUAAAGAAUAA